AUGAGAAGCAAAAAGAAAUUUUUACAACUGCACUUUCUCUUGAUAAAUUCUCAGUCAACAAUUCAAGGCUUGAAGCAAACCUUACAAACCCUAAAUCUUCGAUGCAAUGCCAUGACAGACAAUGGUAUGCGGAAGCUAACGGCGCCAGUUCGGAUGUUCAAGCAAGGUCUGCAGAUGCUCAGGAAUAUAGACAUAUCAGGGAAUCAGCUGACGGAAAGAGGAGUGAAGUACCUGUCAAGUCUUCCUGUGCUUCAAAUCAUACAUCUGUCUGAAAACAAAAUUAAAAACUACAGCCUGUUGAGAGAGCAGAGGUUUUAUUUAUCCAGUGAGAUGGAGGCAUUGUGCCGACAGGUGUUUGACAUAGAGACACAUGGCUGGGCUGCCCCGGUAGUGCAGGCAUGGACUGCACAAGCUCAGAAACCUCCACACAAGACAAAGAAAUCAUCAUUUUAUCGCUCACAGAACAAUGUCGAGUCCAAGCCAUCCCCCGUCCUUCCUCCGCCCCCCAUAUACUCUCGUGUGCUCAUAUCGGACUCACUGCGUCCAGGCAACACAGGAGAACACACUCCUCGCCAGUCCUCGCACACAUCAGCAGCAACACUGGACUCCACCAGUAGUACCAUGUCUGGAGACAAGCCUCGCACAUUGGCUGUGGUGGAGGUACAAAAUGACCCCGAGGAAGAGGAUCUGAUGAAAAUGUAUGGUGGUUACUGUUCAUCAACAAAGCGAGAAACCCUGUCGAGUGUGUUGUCUGGCUGCUUGUGAUCGUCUGUUGGCUGCAGAGCCUGUUUACCCCCCUCUGGACAGUCUCACCGAAAGGAUGCUAGACCUGCAACUAUUGUAAUUGAUACACUGAAGCAUGGA